AGUUUUCCUUAACACCAGUUUACCCCGAGCAUAGAUCUACACAGUGUAUGGGCAAUAGUUCAUCACAAGACAUGCCACCCCCGGUCACAGUAGCUGCUCAAGCGAGGCACACAGCUACCUUAAUUUUCCUGCAUGGCCUUGGAGACACAGGUACAGUGGUCAGCAAUCACCAACUCAGUGGUCAGUAUUCAUCAACACACUGGUCAGUAUUCAUUGACACACUGGUCAGUAUUCAUCAACACACUGGUCAGUGUUCAUCAACACACUGGUCAGUAUUCAUCAACACACUGUCAUGGAUGGGCAGAUUGUUUCCGAAGUAUGAAACUGCAGCAUAUAAAAUGUGUAUGCCCAAAUGCACCUAUUAACUCAGUGACAUUGAAUGCUGGAAUGAAAAUGCCAUCAUGGUUUGAUAUAAUUGGUUUGAGUCCAGACAGUCCGGAAGAUGAGGAAGGAAUUAAGUCUUCCUCAGAAAUCUUAAAGAAACUAAUAGAAGAUGAGGAAAAAGAAGGUAUUCCAGCAAACCGAAUUGUGAUUGGUGGAUUUUCUCAGGGAGGGGCUGUGGCCCUCCACCGAGCCUUGUCAGAUGACAAAAAACUGGCAGGGGUGCUGGCACUUAGCACCUGGCUACCCCUACACAGGAAAUUAGAUAAGGUCAAAAAGUCCAAUGUUAUAAAAGACAUGUCGAUAUUCCAAGGUCAUGGCACAGAGGACCCUCUAGUUCCUUUCCAGUGGGGAGAAAUCACUUCCAAAGUUCUAGCUUCUAUGUGUGACAAUCACUCCUUUCACAACUAUCCAAUGGUUCACACAUCUUGUCCACAGGAAUUAGCAGAUGUAAAGAAAUUCCUAGAAACACUUCUGCCCUGAUUUCUAGUCAAAUACUGGUUGGUUCAUCAGAGAAUCAAUUAUGAAAUGAGUGGUGUAUUUAUAGCUCUAGUUUUUGACUGAGUUUGCACAAAUAUCAUUACCUCGAGUGUGAUAGACAUCUCUCAGUAAUGGCAUUAGUGUGCUAGUGAAGCUCGCGCAGUUUUGGUGUGAGUGUAUACAUGUAUUCCUUGAUAUAAUUCUGUUUGAUUUUACCAUCAUAUCAUUUAUGCAUGCUGAUUUUCCUCCUUGUGGACUGAUUAUUUCAUGUUGAUGAUAAAAUUCCCAACGUAAUGGGAUGUUCGUGGAGAAGUGUUAUUAUAAGUGAAGUUUUGUUGCCCCUUGUACAUCAGUAGAAUUAAUUGUACUAGUAGUAUAGCUAUAGAGUUAGAGAGUCAUGAAUGUAUAUAUCAAUGUCAGAUGUUCAGGAUAAUAUUGUGUGGUAUCAUAUGUAUGUUCAUUGUGAGAUGAAUGUCUGCCAAAACAGAACAAAGGUGGAAUGGAUACCGUGUUGUAAUUAUUAUACAUUUGGGACUAAAGACAGAUGUAUUCAAUAGUAUAUUUAUAGUCAGAUCUCAUAUCAUGGAGUGAAAUAAAAAAUUUAUGAAGUUUAAAUUCAUUUUACCAUUACAUGCUGUUUUUCACCAUAUAUAAAUGAUAAUCCAUUCCUUCAUCUUAAUCUUGUUAUAUUUCAGACUGCUGAUGGCAGUUGAUAGUUUGCCCUUUUUUUCUUUUUCUUUUUUUUUUUGGCUGAAAGCUCAAGGUAGCUUUUCUUAUUGAAGUUAGUUCUUAGUCUGUCACCUGUUGACUUCUCAACAAGAACCAUUUGACCUAACUUGCAUCAAAGCAUACUUUGGUAAAGAGGAUUCCAGGGGGAGAUAAAUAAGAAAAAUUGCAAAUAUUUAUUUAUUUUUAAAAAGUUCAUACAUUCACCCAUGGGCUAUGAUUGGACUGCAAAAUGCAAAAAGGGGUUCAAAGUUUUACCUAGCAAUAUUCAGGAAUUCAAAACAGCAAGAACCAUGGUUUUUCAUAUUGAUACGGAAGCAUCCUGACGUGUAUAUUCAAGUUUGUUCACACUGCGACUCCUUGGAUAGAAGAUGGGGCAAUCUAAUGGGGUGGAAUAAUUGAGAUUUAAUGUUUUCUAUGGGAAAAUGCAUUAGCUCAGGUGUGCAAUGUGGCCCAUGGGUCUCUUUUCUGUUAUGAAUAUAUUUAUCCAUUGUUUAUAAAGUUGUACACUAAUUUCUGAAGAUGAAGUACAAAAGAAUAUGAUAAAUAUAACAUGUACUGUAGUGUAUGAUUUUAAGAUGGAAAUAUAUGUUUAAGAAAUAAUUUCGCAUUGUAUUGAAUAACAUUCAACAAAAAAUUCUUGAGGGAAAAUAAACAUUAGCUAGUAUAUGUAUUAUGAA